AUGGCUAAAAUAGUAUAUCUGAAAUUGGAGAUAACAAACAGUAGGUUGAAUAUAAGGUUCUCAACUCAGCCCCACUCUCUGGAGAUUAAAGAUGUCAAUCCAGUUGAAACAGACAGUGAGCAAAACAAACAUGCCUACUCCGUUGCGCUUGCAUCUGCUGUUGCUGCUGAAGCUGCAGCAGUUGCUGCCCAGGCUGCUGCGGAGGUUGUCCGCCUCACAGCAGUUACCACGCCUGCACCAAAAAUGCCUGUUAGUUCAUCAAGGGAAGAACUUGCUGCCACCAAGAUUCAGACUGCCUUCAGGGGUUAUCUGGCAAGGACAGCAUUGCGGGCACUAAGAGGUCUAGUUAGAUUGAAGUCACUUGUUGAUGGAAAUGCUGUCAAGCGCCAAACCGCUCACACCAUGCAAUGCACACAAACAAUGACAAGAGUUCAAACUCAAAUCUACUCUAGAAGGGUGAAGUUGGAGGAGGAAAAACAGGCUCUUCAAAGGCAGCUCCAAUUGAAACAUCAAAGGGAACUUGAGAAAAUGAAGGAAAGACCAGGCCAGCAAGUCCAAGUGGCAAUUAUAGACCUGAGGAGCAUCACAAGCAUACGCUCUGAGCGCCCAAGGAGGCAGAGCACAGGUGGAGGCUCGGUCCGGGAUGAUGCAAGCCUGACGAGCACUCCACCUCUCCCCAGUUACAUGCAGUCGACAGAGUCUGCAAGGGCGAAGUCCCGGUCUGAGAAGCUUGAGGUUCCUGAGAGAGCACCUCUGGUCCACUCCGUUGUUAAGAAGCGCCCGUCGUUCCCCGUCGUCGAUAAACCAAGUGUUGUGCCGACAGAUAAGCCGAAGGAAAGAGUGAGACGCCAUUCAGACCCUCCGAAGGUCGAUCCUGCAACGCUGAAGGAUGUCCCUGCUGCCUGA